AUGCCUGAAAGCGAGAAAGCCUUGGUAGAGCCAUCCUCUCGGACAAACAGUGAACAAUACCCCAAAGCGAAGAAGCUGAAGGCUAUUCAUCACCGAACUUCUGGGAGAAACACGACAGCGAGUGGAUUACUAGCCUCGGGAAGUUAUCUAUCCCAGCCCAGGAACCCGGCCUCCCUCGCCGACCCGAAAGUAGACUUUGGCUUCAUGUUAGCGAGCUGCGGAGGGAUGCGAGACAGGAGGAAAGCCGGAGAUGGAAUUAUAGAGGACUAG